AUGUCCACCUCUGAGCUCGCCACUUCCUACGCCGCUCUCAUCCUCGCGGAUGAUGGUGUGGAGAUCACGGCCGACAAACUUCAAUCCAUCAUCACCGCUGCCAAGGUCCCCGAUGUCGAGCCGAUUUGGUGCACCCUCUUCGCCAAAGCCCUCGAGGGCAAGGAUGUCAAGGAGCUUCUGCUGAACGUUGGCUCGGGUGGUGGUGCUGCUGCGGCGCCUGCUGCUGGAGGUGCAGGUGCUGCUGCUGGUGGCGCUGCCGCGGAUGAGGCCCCCAAGGAAGAGGCGAAGGAAGAGGAGAAGGAGGAGUCAGACGAGGACAUGGGCUUCGGUCUCUUCGACUAA